CUCUCUCUCUCUCUCUCUCUCUCUCUCUCUCUCUCUCUCUCUCUCUCUUUCUCUCUCUCUCUCUCGCGGUAUGUCUCAGACGUUUCUUUAGGGAAAGGCUCACUAAGUGCCGUGCAACACUCUCACUGGCAGUGUGGCCUCAGAAGCCGUCCUCCGCACACCGCCACAGUCCACACCUGACUUACCGCCCCUGCCUCAGUGUUGCCGCCGCCACGUAGGGAAUUUGCAGCGCUCGGAGCAGCGGCAAGCGGAGAGUAUGUGACCACGCGCGUGUGUGUGUAUGUGUGUGUGUGUCUAAUCAGUCCCGUCGGUCACUCGUGUUGAAAAUGAUGAAUGUGACGAGAGACAUUUGUUGCUGUGACGUUUGUGAUAACUGUGACCUGCCACUGCCACCACGCGCCGCCAGGAAGGGCUGCUGAAGGUCUACUGCGUGUGUGUGGGUACUCGGGUACUCACUACUCACUUCCCAGCCGGCGCGGUUCCCCACACGCACACCUUCUCCGCUGCUCCUUCCCUCCGUGAGCUUCCUGAAGGAGGCACAAAAGCAGAGGCAUGGAGCGCAGUCAUGGCAUCGUGCGGGCAAUCCCAGUGGCCGUCAUCAGGAGCCUGGUGGUGGUGAUACUCGCCGCGAUGGGCCGCCGCCACCACUUCGAUUCCUCAGGCGCCCUCAAGCUGCAGUACGACUUUGUGAUCGUCGGGGGCGGGUCUGCAGGCAGCGCCCUCGCCGCUCGCCUCUCAGAAGUGCCGGGCUGGCAAGUACUGCUACUAGAGGCCGGGGACGCGCCACCCCCGGAGAGCUAUGUGCCGGGUUACCAUCAGCUGCUGCUGCACGGCGACGCUGACUGGAAGUACUUCGCUGAGCCUGAGAGGGACGCGUUCAGGGGCUUUACUGGCCAGAGAAUCCCGUACCCGAGGGGCCGCGUGCUGGGCGGGUGCUCCAUCAUCAACUCUCUCUUCUACGUGCGCGGCAACAGGCGUGACUUCGACAACUGGGAGGCGAUGGGCAACCCGGGGUGGGGCUACGAGGAGGUGCUGCGCUACUUCAAGAAGAUGGAGGACUUCAAGGACAGGAGGCCAGGUAAGCGGCUUGGGCGCGGCGGCCCUGUCACGGUGGAGACCAAGGCGUGGCGGACCCCCGUGCUGGAAGGCUUCAUGAAGGCUGGCUACCAACUGGGAUUUUCCGAAGUGCACCCCAGCGAUCCCGACCAAGUGGGGUUCGCCGCUGUGGAGCUCACCACGCGAGGUGGUGUGAGAUGGUCCACUGCGGAUGGCUACGUGCAGCCCGCCACGGGUCGCCCCAACCUGCACGUGGUGCUCAACGCCCACGUCACGCGCAUUCUCUUCAACGGUAAAAAAAGAGCCAUUGGUGUUCGCUUCAAGCACCGAGGGGAGAUGAAGAACGUUUAUGUGAGGCGCGAGGUGGUGCUGAGUGCUGGGGCCAUUGGAUCUCCUCACAUUCUCAUGCUGUCUGGUGUGGGCCCCGCCUACCACCUCGCUCAGCACGACAUUAAGAUCGUGGCUGACGUCCCUGGGGUCGGCCAGAACCUGAACGACCACCCCUACCUCACUGGGCUCGCCUGGACCAUCAACAACGGCAGCUCCUUCAACAUCUUCGACACCGUGCAGCCUUCAGUCAUCGCCGAGUACGUGAGGAGCAGGAGCGGCCUGCUUUCCACGCCCAUAUCUAUCGAGGGGCACGCCUGGCCCAGAGCUGCCGUCGGUGACCCACAGUGGCCCGAGGUUCAGAUGGGCUUCACUCCCUUCACGCUGGGGAACGACUACGGCAUCCUCAGCUCACGCGUCCUCGGCUUUGACAGAAACUUCUACCGUCAGUACUUCCGCGGCCUUGGCGGAGUGGAAGGCUUCUCACUGGGCCCUAUUCUCUCUCGCCCCAAAAGCCGUGGUAAUGUCACUCUGGUCACCUCAAACCCCUUCCACGCCCCACGCAUCUCCCUCAACUACUUCUCCCAUCCCGACGACAUAGUGACCUUCAUAAGAGGCAUGAAAUUCGCCUUUGAAAUUGCCUCGACUCCAGCACUGCGAGACGACUUCGGCGCUCGCUUCUACGACAAGGUGCUGCCGGGGUGUGAGGCGUUCGUGCCUCUCUCAGACGCCUAUCUCGAGUGCUACGCGAGGACCCUUACUGGCACCAUCUACCAUCCCUCCGGCACGUGCAAGAUGGGGCCUGCCUCUGACCCUUUCAGCGUAGUGGAUCAUCGGCUCAAGCUGCGGGCGGUGCGGGGCCUGCGAGUCGUGGACGCCUCUAUCAUGCCGCAGAUCACCUCGGGCAACAUCAACGCGCCCACUAUUAUGAUCGGAGAGAAGGCAGCGGACAUGAUAAAGUACGACUGGAAGACGUCCUAGCGCCGCCUAAUCACCCGAUCUCAUUACACCUCACGGCGAGGCUCUGGCAGCCCUUGCAAACACUCAGGAAGUUACCUACGAACUUUCUCGCUAAUGAACGCGAAUCCCAAGCGAGAGCCUCCAUAGUAGUAAUAGUAGUAGUAGUAGUAGUAGUAGUAGUAGUAGUAGCAAGAGUAGUAGUAGUAGUAAUGGUAGUAGUAGUAGUAGUAGUAGUAGUAGUAGUAGUAGUAGUAGUAGUAGUAGUAGUAGUAGUAGAAGUAGUAGUAGUAGUAGUAAUAGUAGUAGUAGGUGCAGUAGUAGUAGUAAUAACAACAAUAAUAAUAAUAAUAAUAAUAAUAAUAAUAAUAAUAAUAAUAAUAAAAAUAAUAGUAAUAAUAAUAAUAAUAAUAAUAAUGCUAUCAAGUGCAAAUUCUUUUCACAAAAUGGAAUUGUUCUGUAAGAAAAUCACGUAGAAAAUCCAUAGAAGUAGAAAACAACAAUCCCUUUCACAAACACACACACACACACACACACACACACACACACAUUUAGACACCCCUAUUCAGAAGACCACAGACAAGACAGAAGGACAUUCAUGAUGAGGCAACACUUCAUCACUAUAAGAUCUACACAGUUCCACAGUCUGCCUACCGACACGCUCAGGCUCACUUUGCCAUCCCAUAAUCAGCUGCAGACAGUCAACCUUCAUAUAAUAUAUUCACUACCGUCAACUCACACUAUUAUAAACUCAACUGACUUUUUUUUUUUGUGUGUGUGUGUGUGUGUGCGUGUGUGUGUGUAGAAAUGAAGACGUGGUAUCUUGGAGUCAGCUGGGUUGGAGUAUAAUCUUGGAGACAGCCGGGUUAGAGUGGUAUAUUGGAGUCAACCAGGUUGGGGUGGUAUCUUAUAGUUAGGCGGGGCCGGAGUGGUAUUUUGGAGUCUGCCAGGUUCGGGUGGUAUCUUGGGAGUCAGGCGGGCAAGGUGAGAAGGGAGCGAGGAGGAAGAAUGGUGUGGGUGAUCUGAACCUGAAAUUCAAGGGUUCGUAUUCUGAAUCGCUUCACUCUCUCAUAACGAGUAGUUUCAAACACCAAAAAUUACUAAUGUUUUCAUGUUUUUUUUUUUUUUCCAAUUAGUGAUGCAGAAAUAUUGUUUAGUUAGCUGUCGCUACUCAUGAAAACAUCCUUAUAACCCUGGUAACAUCCAUUAGAUCAGCAUUUCUCAGCCUUUUCCGACCUCAUCACAUCAACGGGCGGUACCAAGGUACAUAAGAAGGAUUUACAUCAUCAUUAGGCGGUUGUGAGCCAGUCAUAAAAUCACACACAAAGAGGACGCUGAAAAAUACCGAGCCACGAAUCUUUAACCCGCGAACUUCCUGUUGGAUUAACUGUCUGACUUGCUCUGCAUUAUGCAGUUUUUUUUUUCACGUCACUACUCUUUGUUUUCCGGUAAAUGUGAAAUAUCCUCCAGACUUAGGUUAAUUAUUUCUAAGCCUGUUUUCAGAAGAAAAAUCCUCCAGCUGAUCGGAUGGUGCACAAACGUGUUGCUUGCAUGUUCCGCACAACACAAUCUUGCCCUCGUGAAGCAGUACUGCUACCGCGUGACCCAAUUCCAUGAUUCGCGUACUAAUUACUUAACUGCAUAGUGCUACGUAGCUGUUGCUGAUCCCAAAGUCUGUGCUGCAUACGCACCACAAUGGACUGACUGGCUUAGCUACAUCCUGUUUUCCUCUUUGCCCUGAAAGGUAUUAGUACCUCCGCUUCAUUCAACAUCACAACCACAACCAUACAAUUAAACGUACCUGCUUUGGAGUAGUAUGUCUCCUGCUCCGUGCCGCAGCUCAGCUUGAUCAGUGACAGUCACCAGGGUCUCGUUUCGCUGCCCAAAGGAUCGGACCAAGGUAUCGUACUCCCGAACAUUUCAGUGUAUUAUCUCACCUUGGCAUACCAGCUCUAGUGGAAGUUAUCGAGAUUUUCAGGUGUUUUCAUGAUUCUAGUGAUAAAUUAUCAAGAUUUUUGCAUCAAUACUGGGAAAAGACCCACGAAAACCCGAUCUAUUAUCUGUGACCUCUUUUUUAUUUAUUUAUUUAUUAUUUUUUUUUAUAUAUAGUAAAAUCCCUCUCGUCCGGCAUUCGAGUAUCCGGCAGCUUCAAGUAUACGGCACAUUUUUCCCCGAGCCUUAAAAUCAAUAAAAAAUCAAUGUGUACUCAUAAAAUCGAUUAAAAUUCCUUAAUGUUAAGGAUGCGAUAUUCAUGGCUUCACUUGCUUGGCUAGACGUUAAAAGGCAAAACAUUGAUGCGAUGUUGGCGCAAAUUGUACCCUUUAAUGAUGUGUGAUGAUGAGGAUGAUGAGGAGUUUGAAGGGUUUGUAGGUGGCAUGAAAAAUUCGGUGGUGAGCGAGCUGAGGGAAAUGGGGGAAAUGUGCAACUUAAAGUGACAGAUGAAACGUUACAGGAAUAGGUGGACGUGGACGAAAAUCAGGCCGUAACAUUCACUCACACAGACGAGGAACUUAUCAACGCUGUAGUAGAAGAUCAUUUAGAGAAAAUUAGUGAUGAUAGUGAUGAUGAUGAUGAUGAUGAUGAGCCUAAAGUAACUUGGGAACAGGCUGCGAAACACAUAGCUGGCUUUGUCAGGUUUGCUGAGCAGUGCACAUACAUGUCAACCCGAGAUGUUAUGACCCUUCACUGCAUUGAGAAUGAGUUUUUGCUGCAAAAAAGAAGGAGCUGCAAACA